GUUUGGGUUCGGUCGGGCUGGGAUAGGCGGCGGCCAUGGGGGUCCCCAAGUUCUACCGGUGGGUCUCGGAGCGGUAUCCCUGCCUCAGCCAGGUGCUGAAGGAGCAUCAGAUUCCAGAAUUUGACAACUUGUACCUGGAUAUGAAUGGUAUCAUCCAUCAGUGUUCACACCCUAAUGAUGACGAUGUUCACUUCAGAAUCUCAGAUGAUAAGAUCUUUGCUGAUAUUUUUCACUACUUGGAAGUAUUAUUUCGCAUUAUUAAACCAAGAAAGGUUUUCUUCAUGGCAGUUGAUGGAGUGGCUCCAAGAGCAAAAAUGAACCAGCAGCGUGGGAGACGUUUUAGGUCAGCAAAAGAAGCAGAGGACAAAAUAAAGAAGGCUUUAGAAAAAGGAGAUGUUCUCCCUACAGAAGCCAGGUUUGACUCCAAUUGUAUUACACCAGGGACUGAUUUCAUGGCCAGGUUGCACGAACAUCUGAAGUAUUUUGUAAAUAUGAAGAUUUCCACAGACAAAUCCUGGCAUGGCGUAACUGUCUACUUAUCAGGCCACGAGACACCAGGUGAAGGAGAGCAUAAAAUUAUGGAAUUUAUCCGAUCAGAGAAAACAAAGCCUGAUUACGAUCCAAACACAAGACAUUGUCUAUAUGGUUUAGAUGCUGACUUGAUUAUGCUUGGAUUAACAAGUCAUGAGUCACAUUUCUCACUUUUAAGAGAAGAAGUCAGGUUUGGUGGCAAAAAAUCCCAGAGAGCAUGUGCCCCAGAAGAAACCACAUUUCACUUACUGCACUUGUCAUUAAUGAGAGAAUAUAUUGACUAUGAAUUUUCACCAGUAAAAGACAAGAUUUCCUUUCAAUAUGACAUUGAAAGGAUAAUAGAUGAUUGGAUCUUAAUGGGGUUUCUUGUAGGCAAUGACUUUAUUCCUCAUCUACCUCAUUUACAUAUUAAUCAUGAUGCGCUGCCACUUCUUUAUAAAACAUAUAUGGCUAUCCUGCCAGAACUUGGAGGCUACAUUAAUGAAAGUGGGCAUCUGAACUUACAACGCUUUGAGAAAUAUCUUACAAAAUUGUCAGAUUUUGAUCGUGAACAUUUCAGCGAAGUCUUUGUAGACCUAAAAUGGUUUGAAAGCAAAGUAGGCAAUAAAUACCUCAAUGAGGCAGCUGGUAUCGCAGCAGAAGAGGCAAGAAGCCAUAAGCAAAAGAAACAGAAGGUUCAGGAAAACUCCAUGUGUUUGGCUGCUCUAGAGAAAACUGAGGAUGGAAUUAUGACUUCUAAAAAUGCAUUGGAAGAUGAACAAGAAGAUGAAGACCUCUUUGAGACUGAGUUCAGGCAAUACAAGAGAACGUAUUAUAUGACUAAGAUGGGUGUGGAAGUAGUUUCAGAUGACUUCCUGGCUGAUCAGGCUGAAUGUUAUGUCCAGGCAAUACAGUGGAUUUUGCACUAUUACUACCAUGGGGUUCAGUCAUGGAGCUGGUAUUACCCUUAUCAUUAUGCACCUUACCUAUCAGACAUUCGCAAAAUCAGUAAACUCAAAAUCCAGUUUGAGUUAGGAAAACCUUUCAUGCCAUUUGAACAGCUUCUAGCAGUACUUCCAGCAGCUAGCAAAGAUCUGCUACCUAAAUGCUACGAGCAUUUGAUGACUAGCGAAGAUUCUCCAAUCAUAGAAUACUAUCCUCCAGACUUUAAAACAGACUUAAAUGGAAAACAGCAAGAAUGGGAAGCAGUAGUAUUAAUCCCAUUUAUUGAUGAGAAACGAUUGCUGCAAGCCAUGGAAUCUUGCAACAAGUGCCUAUUGGAAGAUGAGAAGCGAAGGAAUACUCACAGUGAGUGCCUAAUGUACUGGUAUGACAAAGACACAGAGUUCAAAUACCUGUCACCAUGGCCAGAGAAGUUCCCUGCUAUACAAAGAUGCCACACCAGGUAUAAAACAAUAUCUUUGGAUGCCUGGCAUGUAGAAAUAACCCACAAUAAGAUAACUAAAGUUAACACGAGCGCAUUGUAUUUUUGUGGGUUUCCUACUCUAAAACAUAUUGCACAUAAGUUCUGUCUUAAAAAAAGUGGGGUACAAGUAUUCCAGCAGAGCAGCCAUGGUGAGAAUAUGCUGUUAGAAAUCAUAUGUGACAAGGAUUCAAAAGAGCCGUCUGUAGAAAAUGUAGCCAGUUUGGUGCUUGGGAAGUCUGUUUUUGUUAACUGGCCACACCUUGAAGAAGCCAGAGUUAUUUCAGUGUCAGAUGGAGAAACUAAGUUUUACUUGGAAGAGCCACAUGGAACACAGAAGCUUUACCUGGGAAACACUGUGCCACCAACUAAAGUGGCAUAUGUUGGAGAGAAAGAACAGAACAUCUGGUUGAAAGAAGUUCAGGGGAUUUCAGAACACUACCAGAGGAGAAAAGGAAUAAUUAUAAAUGAAACCUCAGUAGUUGUAUAUGCCCAGUUACUCACUGGUCGUAGAUAUCAGCUAAAUCCAAAUGGUGAAGUUUAUUUGGAGAAGCAGUGGUCAAAACAAGUUCUUCCUUUUGUUUACCAAACUAUUGUCAAGGAUAUCAGUGCUUUUGACUCUCGUUUCUCCAACAUCAAAACCUUGGAUGAUCUGUUUCCUCCUGGAAGUACAGUCUUUAUGCUGGGGACUCCUUACUAUGGCUGCACAGGAGAAGUGCAGGAUUCAUGUGAUGUUAUCACAGAAGGUAGAAUUCGUGUAGUUUUCAAUAUCCCGUGUGAACCCCAGCUUGAUUCCUUAAUACAGAACCAGCAUAAAUAUUCUGUGAAGUACAAUCCUGGAUACGUUUUAGCCAGUCGUCUUGGAGUGAGUGGAUAUCUUGUCUCCAGGUUUACAGGAAGCAUAUUUAUUGGAAGAGGAUCCAGGAGAAAUCCACAUGGAGACCACAAGGCAAAUGUGGGCUUGAAUCUGAAGUUUAAUAAGAAGAAUGAAGAGGUCCCUGGCUAUACUAAGAAGGUUAGAAAUGAAUGGAUGUAUUCUUCUGCAGUGGAGCAACUUCUUGCUGAGUAUUUAGAAAGGGUCCCUGAACUGUUUAGUUAUAUUGCCAAAAAUAGUCAAGAAGAUAUAUUCUAUGAAGAUGAUAUUUGGCCUGGGGAGGACGAGAAUGGUGCUGAGAGAGUUCAAGAAAUUGUUGCCUGGCUAAAGGCGCAUCCUGUCAGCGCUUUAUCUCGUUCAUCUUGUGACUUACAAAUUCUGGAUGCAGCUAUUGUAGAGAAAAUUGAAGAAGAAUUAGAGAAGUGCAAGCAAAGAAAGAGUAACAAGAAGGUGCGAGUGACGGUGAAACCCCAUUUGCUGUAUAGACCUUUAGAACAACAGAAUGGGGUUGUUCCAGACAGAGAUGCAGAGUAUCGACUGUUUGACCGUGUUGUCAAUGUGAGGGAGAACUUUUCUGUUCCAGUUGGUCUUCGAGGUACCAUUAUAGGACUUAAAGGAGCAAGCAGAGAAAUGGAUGUACUCUUUGAAGUGUUGUUCGAUGAAGAAUUCCCUGGAGGCCUAACAAUAAGGUGCUCACCUGCUAGAGGUUAUCGUCUGCCAACAAGUGCCUUAAUUAACCUAUCUCAUGGUAGUCGGUCCGAAACAGGAAAUCAGAAACUGACAGCCAUAGUGAAACCACAACCAGCUGUGAAUCAUUACAACUCAUGCUCAUCUGAUUCAUCAUCUGUAUGCUCACAAAAAGUGCAUCUAGGAGGUCUCAACCAUUCUCCACGUUCCCUUUUUGUUCCUACUCGACAACUGAAUGGAAGACAGCAUUACAAUCUCAGGGCUGAAAAUCAGGGCAAUUCCAUUUCACUACAGAAAGGAUCAUUUUUGGGCAGCAAUCAGAAACAAAAAGCUCAGAGUAAACAAGAUGAUGAAUUUUGCAGCAUUUGGCAAUCACUGCAAGGGUCUGGAAAAUCUCAACAUGUUCAACAAAAUAUGAAUGAAAAGGGUGCAAUCCUACCUCAAGAAACAAAGCCAGGAACUGACAACCAGUUGUACAAACCAGGCUUCAAUGAGAGUACCCUUAAAGGCCAGCAAAGAAAACAGGAGCCAUUUAAAAAGUUUAAAGAAGAUUCUAAAGUUCCAAGAAAUGAAGGUCAAACACACAAAAUAUCAAAUAAACAGAAUUUUGCAGGAGCAAAUAAAUAUAAUGUUAAGCUUUUGAAGAGGAAUGAAAGUCCAAAUGUGCCUGUAAUUCAGAAGGCUUCAGUUGAUGAGUCCUGUAUAGCUGGGAAGAAGGACUAUGAACUUGAAAAUCUUCUAGCAUCUUUGAAAAUUUCCAAAGAAAAUGAAGUGCAAUCAUCUUAUCCAAAGGAAGAAAGAGUCACCAAUGAAGAACAUCUGUCUCCACAGUCUUUUGCUAUGAAAGGAACACAGAUGCUCAAAGAAAUUUUGAAGAUUGAUGGCUCUGACAUAGAAACCAAGAAUGAAACGAAGCCACUGAUUAAUGAAGUUCCUGCUUCCUCUGCUAGGCAGGAUUCCCAUGGGGCUGCCAUGCAGCAUAGACAAACAAAAAAAAUGGCUGCUUACAUGAACAAGCCUCAUAGUGUAGGAGGCCCUCAUAAUGCUCAGGUUUUGGAAACUGGAGGUCACCCUCUCCUUGGCCCACAGUCUGCGUUGUCUACCCCAGUAUCUGAACUCUCUCGUAUUUGUUCCCUGGUUGGAAUGCCACAACCAGAUUUCUCCUUCCUCAGAACACCACAGACCAUGACAGUUUGUCAAGUAAAAUUAUCCAAUGGCUUAUUAGUACAUGGACCUCAGUGUCACUCUGAAAAUGAAGCCAAGGAGAGAGCUGCAUUUUUUGCAUUACAACGAUUGAGCUCUUUAGGAGUGAACUUUUCUUUGCCGCCACCUCCACCGGUGUUUCCAAAUUAUCAGUCCAUGGGAGGUCCUGUACCACCUGGAUCCAUUCCUCCAGUCUUCACCCAACCCACUGCUAAUAUGAUGCCUCCAUCAUCUCACAUGUUUGGUCCAAUGCCAUGGAGAGCUCCAGUGCCUAUUCAUGGCAAAUCUUACUAUCCUGGUUCAUAUCCCGGGAAUAUGCCUCUUGCAGGAACUGUACCAGUUGGUACUCACAACCAGUUUAUUCCUCUACAGGUAACUAAAAAAAGGGCUGCUAGCAAGAAAAAUUUCGAGUUCAAAGAAUUCCAGAGCUCCCUUCAAGCUGUACCACUAAAGAAUGAACAGCUAAUGUAUUCUGACACCAAGCUCAUUCAACAAGAUACUUCAACUCCUUUAAAAUCUCCUCAAGCUGUUCAGUCUGCUGUUUCUUUUCAAGACAACGUAGCUACUCCAGGCGUUCCUCAUAACAAAUCAACACCAAACAUUUCUAGCAAACGAAAGCCAAGAAAACUGGCUGUCAACUUUGGUGCACCAAAAUCUUCAGAAUAA